CAACAAGGGACGGAAGGCAAAGAGUUGCGAGCGUCUGAAGAGAAAAAAAUUAAUAUCGAUAAUAGAACGGGAUAAUAUUACUUCAUAUAUAAGCAUAUUUCGAAGUUUAUUUUUAUUUUUAAGGUUACACUGUUGUUUGCGUGGGCAGGCGCAGUGUAGGGAAUUGCCUGGGUUUGAUGCGCGGAUCCGCUCAUCCCGAGCUGUCGAUGGUGCAGAAAGAGAAGGCGGCCGUAGGGCCGGAGGAGGGCGACAGCGAUUCUGUACCCCCCACCGACUCCAGCCCAGCUCCCGCAUCGGCACCCGGGCCUCCAGACUCCGAGACCGGCCACUCCAGCCCGGCUGGCGAUGCGGUGGCCGCCUCUGCCGAGUCGGCUCCUCAAGAGCCGGUCACGGCCAAUGGCGGGCUUGAUAACCGCCCUCUGCCCCAACGGCCUGAUCCUGUCGGUAGUGAGAAGAAGAAAUUCCUCUGCGGCGUCGUGGAAGGAUUUUAUGGCCGUCCUUGGAGCAUGGAGCAGAGGAAGGAACUGUUCCGAAGAAUGCGCAAGUGGGGCUUGAACACCUAUCUAUAUGCACCAAAGGAUGAUUACAAGCACAGGAUGUUCUGGCGGGAAAUGUACUCUGUUGAAGAAGCAGAACAAUUGAUGCAGUUAAUAUCUGCUGCAAAAGAACAUGAUAUUGAGUUUGUUUAUGCCAUAUCACCUGGUCUUGACAUCACAUUCUCAAAUCAGAAAGAAGUUGCUACCCUGAAGCGUAAAUUGGAUCAGGUGUCACAGUUUGGAUGCAAGUCUUAUGCACUGCUAUUUGAUGACAUUGACCACAAUAUGUGCCCAGCAGACAAAGAGGUGUUCAGCUCAUUUGCACAUGCACAGCUGUCUGUUACUAAUGAGAUCUAUCAGUACUUGGGGGAGCCAGAGCAUUUUUUGUUCUGUCCUACAGAGUACUGUGGAACCUUUUGCUACCCUAACGUUGCACACUCUCCAUACCUUCGGACAGUUGGAGAUAAACUACUUCCUGGCAUCGAUGUAUUGUGGACUGGUCCAAAGGUGGUCUCCAAAGACAUCUCUGUGGAAUCCAUUGAAGAAGUCACCAAAAUACUGAAGAGGCCCCCUCUUAUCUGGGACAAUCUGCAUGCUAAUGAUUAUGAUCAGAAGCGCCUCUUCCUUGGACCUUACAAAGGGCGGUCAACUGAAUUAAUUCCGCGGCUGAAAGGAGUGCUGACGAACCCUAACUGUGAAUUUGAAGGGAAUUUUGUUGCCAUUCACACACUGGCUACUUGGUACAAAUCCAACAUGAAUGGUGUGAGAAAAGAUGUUGUGAUGACUGACACAGAAGAGAGUACGGUGUCCAUCCAGAUCAAACUUGAAAAUGAAGGUAGUGAUGAGGAGAUAGAAAUGGAUGUCUUGUACAGUCCUCAGAUGGCUUUGAAGAUGGCUAUAUCAGAAUGGCUGCAGGAAUUUGGAGUGCCACAUCAGUACAACUGUCGAUCAGUCCCUCACAGUGGUGCAAAGACAAAUGCAAUUGAUGUAGGGACUCUUGACACACCCUGCCUGAAUUCCUCCACAACAGUGACGACAGUCUACCAACAGCCUAUCAUGAGUCAGGGAAGCCCACUGAGUGGUGAGCAAGCUCUGGUAGUGAAGGAAGAGGAGGAGAAAAAACAGCAGUCUGAUGAAGAACCAAUGGAGAUGGUAGUUGAAAAGCCUGAUGAGCAAGAAACCAAAAAUGUUAAUCAAAUCCUUACAGAUAUUGUCAAGGCCAAAAUGUCUGAGGAUCUCAAGCCCAUGGAUAUGGACAAAGAUAGUAUUGCUGAAUCUAAGUCUCCUGAGAUCUCCAUGCAGGAAGACUCUGGCAGUGAUAUUGCACCCAUGCAAACAGAUGAGCAGAUGAACAAGGAGCAGUAUGUCCCAGGUCCCAAUGAGAAGCCACUAUACACUUCUGAAGCUGUGACUCUGGAAGACCUAAAUCUCUUGGCUGAAAUGUUCUAUCUGCCUUAUGAACAUGGACCCAAAGCUGUUCAGAUGCUAAGGGAAUUUCAGUGGCUUCGGGCUAACAGUAGUGUUGUUAGUGUGAACUGUAAAGGGAAAGAUGCUGAAAAGAUUGAGAAGUGGCAUUUCAGAGCUACAAAAUUUGAAGAAAUGUGCUGUGGUGUAAUGCAGAUGUUUACUCGUCUUGCCAACUGUGAAAACCGAUCCAUUCUGUAUGAUCUAUACCCAUAUGUCUGGGAUAUAAAGGGUGUGGUAUCUAUGGUGAAAUCGUUUGUCCAGUGGUUAGAUGGAAGAAUCCUCAGCACAAGUUACUACAGCUGUGGGAUCGACAACGCCAGAUGGUGUCGUAGUCAAUCUUCAGCACAGUUCUUGAGUGGCGACCAAGAACCCUGGGCCUUUAGAGGUGGUCUAGCAGGAGAGUUUCAGCGUUUGUUACCAAUUGAGGGGGCAAAUGACCUCUUCUACCAGCCACCACCAGCCAUGCCUACCUCAAAAGUGUACACAAUUAGGCCUUACUUUCCGAAAGAUGAGGCUUCUGUGUACAAGAUCUGUAAGGAGAUGUAUGAUGAUGAAAUGGAUGGUGACUCAAUGUCUUAUCAGCCAGAUAUUGUAGGGGACAGUUUGGUGGGAGGCCUUCUGACAUUGAGCCCGGAUUAUUGCUUCGUUUUAGAGGAUGAAGGCAGUAUAUGUGGUUAUGCCCUUGGAACUGUGGAUGUGAAACCAUUUUGUAAAAAAUGCAAAGUCUCCUGGAUACCCGCUAUGCGGGAGAAAUAUGUUAAACCAGAAGCCAGUCAGAAUCUUUCCGAAGAACAGAAAAUGAUGCUGAGCUUCCAUGAAGAGCAGCAAGGUCUACCGGAAAGCUUCCUUGCCACUUUCCCCUCAUUAAUUAAAGUGGACGUGCACUCGAAAGUGACAGAUCCUAGUGUUGCUAAGAGUAUGAUGGGUUGCUUGCUUUCAUCAUUGAAAGCUAAUGGGUCCCGAGGAGCAUUCUGUGAAGUAAAACCCUCUGAUCGACGAGGUCUGGAAUUCUACAGAAAGCUGGGCUUCUUAGAGUUGGCCAAAAUGGAAGGAUUCCCAAAAGAGAUGUUAGUUCUUGGAAGGAACUUGUAACAGAACCCUGUGCAACGUAGUGUAAUUAAAGGAUGUGUAUAAUUAAAUGUAUCUAAAUUUAGCCUUAAGCUGAAUAACCUGUGUUUAAUAAUGUUUUAUAUUUUCUUUUUUUAAUUUGCAAUACGUAAUAAGGUGAACUUGAUCUAGUUGGCACUUUGUGAGUUGGGUGGAACUCCACUGAUGCAGUAACAAAGCAUUAUCAUCUUUGUUCUGUUUAUACCCUUUUCUAUUCCUCGCCUUCACAUGAGCAAUUGUUUGGUAUCAGAAGGGAAGUUGCCUGGUUCUCUCACUUCAGACACUAGUCCCAAGCUGAUCGUGUGAGCUUGCUGUGCAGCCAUUUAAACUACUAUGUCAAAACCUGGUCAUAUUUUAUAACUAACCAUCCACAGAGGAGCAAGUGGAGUUUUCUGUUUGCGGUGAUGAUUGAGCUCAGUUCAAUGUUGGGUGGGAGGCUUUGGAACUUUAUCUGGUCUGCUUUCUGCAUUUUUUAAUAUCCUAUGAGAAGUAAUGGAUUUUGUCUGUCUUUUAAGGAUGCUUUUAUAUUUAGGUAUUCUCAUUUUGCUCUUAAGCAGAAUUAUUUCUGGAUAAAGGUAUAGGCUGUAAAUGCUUACAAUCUGAAAUAAUUGCAAGAGUGCUUGGAAUGCACAGCAGCUUAGUCAAACUCUUUAAAGGUAAAUGGCUGAUUAAUAAUUUGGGUGCAAAUCCUUUAUCCGAACUUGAUUUGAGCAGUACAUCUAAACCAUUCAGUGUGUGAAAGUUUCUUGCUUCUGUUAAGACUGCAGUCCACUUUCAAGUUGGAAUUCAGUCUUUGUUUUGCCAGACAGUGUUAACUUGGCAAAAUGUCCCAAGUUCGUUCUCAGCAGCAGUCCUGUGAGAUUUUACCUUCCCGCUGUAUUACUAUUAGGUAUUGAUGGUUAUAUGUAAAGUGAUGGGUGUGACGGUUUCUCUCCUCCCCGCAGUUUAAUAAGCACAGUGGCUCAGUGGUUAGCACUGCUGCCUCACAGCACCAGGGUGUCAAGUUCGAUUUCAGCCUCGGACAACUGUCUCUGUGGAGUUUGCACAUUCUCCUUGUGUCUGUGUGGGUUUCCUUCCACAAUCCAACGAUGUGCAGGUCAGGUGAAUCGGCCAUGCUAAAUUGCCCACGGUGUUAGGUGCAUUAGUCAGAGGGAAAUGGGUCUAGGUGGGUUAUUCUUUGGAGAGUUGGUGUGGACUGGUUGGGCUGAAGGGCCUGUUUCCACAUUGUAGGUAAUCUAAUCUCAUAAACUCUUGGAUAUCUAUUCCUAGUCUUAGUUGUUUACUUUGCAAAGAUGAUUCUGGAUGUAGAUGAAAGCAAAUGAUGCACAGUUGCAGUCUCUGCUUUCACAGCCUGGUUUGUUGUGUGCUGCAUGAGGUAUCUCUCCUUGUCCUUGAUACUUUGUGCAUCUCCAAUCUUUUUGUCAUCUGAUAGGAGCAGUCUCUCCGUUCUAUAAACCCCUCAAUAUUUCAAGAAGUAGAAUCUGUCUUGCAUCGCUAAAUAUUUACUCAUAUACUUGAGGCAAUAAUUAAGUCGUGGGGAACAUAUCACCCAUCACAUUGACAUCAGGAGAAAAAGCUGAAUGUCUCCUUGGGCUAGGAAGGGCCAAUAUUCCCUGAUAACUGCAGCUUUUUAAAAAUUCAUACAUGAGAUGGUGUUGCUGGCUAGAUCAGCAUUCAUUGCCCAUCCCUAAUUGUCCAGAGGGCAGUUUGAGUCAACCACAUUGCUGUGGGUCUGGAGUCAUAUGUCUGGCAGACCAAGUGAGGAUGGCAGUUUCCUUCCCUAAAAGGACGUUAGUGAAACAGGUUGGUUUUUCUGGCAGUAGUUUCAUGGUGGUCAUUAAACUGUUUUAAUUCCAGAUUUUGUUUAAUGAAUUAAAAUUCCAUCAUCUGUUAUGGUGGGAUUUGAACCCAAGCCCUGAGAGCAAUCUUAAUAGACCCGCGAUAAAACCACCAGGCCAUCACCUCCCCAAACAUUCUUGUUCGUUUGGCAUGCAAACACUCAAUCUGUGAAUCAAAGUUAAAAUUUCACUCUUUGGUUUCUCACAUCCUCUGGUUCUCUUAAUGCAAACCCCUAAUCUGUAGUGUUUCCACUUGCUGGAGAUAGAAAAAGCAAAUUUAUCUAUCUUUGCUGAGCUGAUGCCAGGAUUCCUGCAGCCUCUAUUAUAAUUUUCUGUCUGGGAUAACGUGUUCAAAUGGCACAGUUGCUUACUUCCUGAAUACUGUAUUGAAUGAGAAAUUGCUGAAAUUCCUAAGUUCCGUUCACUUUUUUUUCAAACAUACAGCCUAUACUUGCACACACUGCAAAUCUGUCCUACUCCUUUACUUCCCCACUCUGUUUAGCUUCUAAAACCAAGUAGUAUGUUUGGGAUCAAAAAUCUCACUUCUCCUACCCAGCCCCAACUAUCGCUUUGAAAACAAAUUUUGCACGAUGUACCACUCUCCUAGGUCACCUCUAAUCAUAUAUAAAGGCUUUUGAUUUGAGUAAAGCACAAUGUUAGAAUCCAAAUUUUUAAAUUAUAUUGUUACUUGGAUAAAUAUGGAACACAGAAUAUUCAGGUUCCAUUCAUGAUCCCAGAUAGAUUUUAAAAAUCUGAUUUUCCAGACCGAUCUAUGGACUAAUUCAGUUUGACAAUCUGUUUCAUAAAACCAGAUUAACAUCUUGCCUACCUUUUUUUUUGUUUCAUUUCUCCCCUGCCUCUAAAUUUUCAACAAAUGUGAAGCUGUAUUCUAACUAUUGUUUCCUGACUGCCUACUUGAAACGGUCACUGCUAGCCUGCUUUUUUUUGUUGUCCUGUAAUGGUGCUAGAAACCAAGGAGUGAAAACGAUUGCAUCUAGGUGGAGUUGAUUGGCAGUACGUUGACUGUUUUGAGGGAUUGCUGCUGUAGAAAGGCUGUGGGACAUCCAGAAAGGGGAAAUUUGGCAUAAAAAGCUCUGCCGAGUGGAAACUAAUGAGUCAUUUUCAUGAGUGGAAAGAAAAUUGCUGAAAAUUGAACUAAAAUAUCUAAAAGGUUGGAUAAAGGUGUCUGGCUGCUAGAUCAGUUUUCUUUUUAAAACAUCAACCUGCUGUGUAUUCAAGAACUUCUUGUUGCAUCAAGUAAAAUGUGAACACCACCUUGUUAAACAUUUCUCCAAAUUAAUUUCUUCUGGGAAAUUAGGAGUAAAUCGUUACUUUGAACCACUUCACUGCUAUUAAAAGGUUCCAGGGCUUUGAUCCAGUGAUCGUGAUAUUUUCCUAGUCAGGGUGGUAUAUGAGAAAGAUAUCUGCAAGUGGUGGUGGUCCUAUUUAUUUGCUAUCCAUGUCCUGGGUAGUGGUACUCAUUGCAUGUUUCAGUGCUUUUCCUCUUCCUCUACCAGGGAUCAAACUCUUGUGUUUUGUGACCAGAUAAAAUGAAACAAAUGCGUAAAGUUGCAUUUAAAGUCUGAAGUUACAGAUUCUAUUCACCUAAACCUGCUGUGUGGCUAGUGAAAAUAUUUUGAACUGUAUAGCAAUGGGACAAAAUAUUAGUUCUAUAGAACUUAGGGUACAUGGCAAUGACCACUUUCUGUCAAGUAUGUUGAUGCUGAUCAUUAGCAUCAUAAAUAUGAUAGCUGUCAAUACUUCAGUUAUUUCUGUAAGUUGGUUGGAACUUAGCCACCCUUCUGCUCUAACUUUUGCACCCCUCUUUGAAAAAGCACAGACAUGCUGCUAGAUCUUGAUAACUGUUAAUUGGUGCUCAUUCGCCAAAGCUUCCAACCCUCAUCAGUGGAGGACAAGCCCAGACAUGGAAAGAACUGUGUACAUAUAAAUUUUUUUAAAAGAUGA